CAUCUCCUCCCCCUUCUGAAUCAUUCAAUUCCUGCCAAGUUCUCCACCCCAGCUGUGGCCAGGAACCAAGUUCUGUUGUGCGCACAGAGAGAACUGAACUUCUGAUCAGAGAGAACUGAACCCGCAAAGUCCCCAUCCAAGACCUAACCCAAGUAUUUCCUAGACAGUACCAGGCAGGUGGUGGCCUGAGAAUUCUGUGCCUGCUUCCUGAGGACUGCUCUACCAUGCAACGGCUGAUGAAGUUCCGGGUCCUCUGGGACAUCCACAAAUCCUGCUAUGGCUUCCACCCUGCCCUUCAGCACCUGCGCUGCCAGUCUUUAUCGGGAGCUGGAGCCCCAAGAUGGAAUGACUAUGAUACACCUGAGGAAUUUAAUUUUGCAAGUGAUAUACUGGACUACUGGACUCAAAUGGAGAAGGAAGGCAAGAGAGGUCCAAACCCAGCCCUGUGGUGGGUGAAUAAUCAAGGGGAUGAAGUGAAGUGGAGUUUCAGAGAGAUGACAGACUUAACCCGUCGUGCAGCCAACGUCUUCACACAGACCUGUGGCCUCCAGGAGGGAGACCAUCUAGCCUUGAUUCUGCCUCGAGUGCCUGAGUGGUGGCUGGUGAUCGUAGGCUGCAUCCGAACAGGGAUCGUCUUCAUGCCAGGGACCACCCAGAUGAAGGCCAAGGACAUUCUCUACCGACUACAAGUGUCUAAAGCCAAGGGCAUCGUGACCACAGAUACCCUUGCCCCAGAGGUGGAUUCUGUGGCCUCUGAGUGUCCUGCUCUGAAAACCAAGCUCCUGGUGUCUGACCACAGCCGUAAAGGGUGGCUGGACUUCCGAUCACUGAUUCAAUCAGAAUCCCCAGUUCACACCUGUAUUAAGUCAAAGACCCUGGACCCAAUGGCCAUCUUCUUCACCAGUGGGACCACAGGCUUCCCCAAGAUGGCAAAGCACAGCCAUGGACUUGCUUUGCGAUCCUUCUUCCCUUCAUGCAGGAAAUUACUGCAGCUGAAGACGUCUGAUGUCCUCUGGUGCCUGUCAGACACAGGCUGGAUUCUGGCUGUCGCAGGGUCCCUGCUUGAACCAUGGACAGCGGGGUCUACAGUCUUUGCCCAUCAUCUGCCCCAGUUUGACCCCAAGGUCAUUGUACAGACUUUAUUCAAAUACCCUAUUACCCAAUGCCUUGCUGCGCCCUCUGUAUUUCGAAUGAUUCUGCAGCAGAAUUCCACCAGCCUCAGGUUCCCCACCCUGGAGCACUGCUGUACUGGUGGGGAGGCCCUGCUGCCCGAGGAGCAAGAGCUGUGGAGAAGACAGACAGGCAUUCUGCUCUACCAGGCCUACGGACAGUCAGAGACGGUAGGUGAAUGGUCCCUCUGGGCCAGUCAGGAUGUGCUCGUCCACGGAGCCCAGCAGGGAACAAGUUGUGGCACUCUCCGGGGGAUGAAGAUCAAGCCGGGUUCCAUGGGGAAGGCCAUCCCACCCUACGACAUUCAGAUCAUUGAUGACAAGGGCAACAUCCUGCCGCCCAACACUGAAGGAAACAUUGGCAUCAGGAUCAAGCCCACCAGGCCCAUAGGCGUCUUCAUGUACUAUGAGAGUAACCCGGUGAAGACAGCCGAAGUGGAGUGUGGGGACUUUUACAACAGUGGGGACAGAGCAACUAUUGAUGCAGAGGGCUACUUCUGGUUCCUGGGGAGGGCCGAUGAUGUCAUCAAUGCCUCCGGGUACCGCAUUGGGCCGGCAGAAGUGGAGAACGCCCUGGCAGAGCACCCAGCGGUGGCUGAGUCCGCUGUGGUGAGCAGCCCGGACCCAAUCCGAGGGGAGGUAGUGAAGGCUUUCAUUGUCCUGACCCCAAAAUUCCUGUCUCAUGAUCGGGACCAGCUCACCAAGGAGCUGCAGCAGCAUGUGAAGUCAGUGACAGCCCCGUACAAGUACCCAAGGAAGGUGGAGUUUGUCUCAGAGCUGCCCAAAACCAUCACUGGCAAGAUAAAAAGAAGUGAACUCCGGAAGAAGGAGUUUGGUCAGAUGUAAUUGGCAAUAAACUCAGAAACCACUGUGUGAUGUUGGCCAAAUGCCUGGCGGCCUCAGUUUCCUCACGAUGGUGAGGGUGAGGAGAGGAACGCUGAGAGAGUUGACUUGAAAGAGAGCCAGGAGUGUCAACAUUCCAGCAUUUUUGUUCUUUUAAAUUAAUAUCAAUCACUAUCCUUCCUCCAAGUUCCCUGUUCCUUUCAGAUUGCCCAGCUGAGCGCUCAGAAUGGGGCUGAAGCAAAUUAAAUACUGACUCAGCAUCCA